AUGUCAGGAGCCGCCGGAAAGCGUGGUAGAAGAUUGCUGCAGCUAGCUUCAAUAGCAGGCGUUGCUAUUUGCCUGGUGGAUGUGGUGGCUUUUGCUCGGCCAAGGGGCUUUGAUAUAGCUCCACCUCCAGAGAGUGUGAAGGAGACAACCAUCAUAGAAGUGCCAACCGAAAGCAGCCCAGCGCCUAGAGAGAAGGCGCCAGGUGUAGAUGUGGUCAUCGCUGGAGGAUCGCUCUCAGGGCUUUGGUUGGCAAUGCUAUUGAGUGCAGGUGUUGCCCUUGGCAAAGUGGCGCGAGUGCGGCUCUACCAGGGCCGUUCAAGGCAGAACCCGCAGGACAUCGAGGUGGCUUCCAUCGAAGGAGUGGUGUGGCGAGAGAUCCCGCAACACUUCCAGAGAGCGUUGACUUCUGCAGGUUGUUUCGAGCAAUGGCCGAAGCAACCCAGAGAGUCUGGGCGCUCCUUAGAUGAAGAGGACUUUCCACGGAAUAUACCAGUUCAUCGACUCAAGGCCGCAUUGCAGAAGGCCCUUGCAGAGGCAGACGGAGUGGAGCUACUCAAAGAGGACUACAGCCUCACUGAGCAUCGGCAGUUGGUGCAGGAGGAUAGCUUUCAAUGCAUUGUCUUUGCAGAUGGCGGCCCGUCACUGAAGGCGUGCGAAGAGAUCUUCGACAACCUUUUCUCCCAGCCGGUUCCCCGCGAAGCCAAUGGUGGCUUUCUGGUUGCACCCGAGAGGACUCUUGGAGUCUCCUUUCAAGUGGAGGAGCCAUUGCUGCCAUUGGGAACGGUUAUGGCGCUGAACUGGGCUCAGCGGAGGUACUUCGUCAAUUUGACGGGCGAGAGAGAAGGCGUUUUGCAGAUCCGCCUCACGCCAGAAGAGGGACUAGCAUUGGCAGCACUUGUGCGGACAGAUGAUCCCUUGAAGAAGCUUCGGGAGAGCAAUGAAGAAGAUCUAGCACUGCUUUGGCAAGACAUCAGAGAUGCAUGUCGCUUAUUCGAGCUCCCGGAGGGUUGCCUUUCGCAUCUGGCGAUCUUCAGCGCAGAUGCUGCCGAUCGCCCCAGCUACACACGACUGCCGGACGUGGAAGUGGGUGAAGGGCCACUGGUGGCCUUCCUGCUGGGUGGUGCCGCUCGGAGCGGCUCCGCCAGCUUUGGACCUGGCUACGGAGCCUCAGGCGAUUUGGAGGCGGCGACAUCUGCAGCCAAGGCGCUUCUGUCAGACCGUGCCACUGCGAUGAAGGAGCGCCUGGAUUUGGAUGCAGUCGCAGGUCACGAGCUUGUCAUGAAAGGUCUUUGUGCACGGGAACGGCAGGUUGGCCUGGGCUUGGGCGAGUGCAUCGCCUCGGGACUUCGGAAGAUGGAUGGACCACAGGCCGAAGAUGCGGUGCUGGAGCGGUUGGAGGCCACCCUCAAGCAGCUGAAGAGGUAUCCAGACAGGUGGCCCACCGAAGUUCAGGAGACACUUCCAACUGUGGAAGUGCUGCAGAAGGGCAGGAAGUUGUCUGCGCGCUGUUGGCAAGCCAUGGCGGCUUCAGGGCCCUGGCCUGAUGCGGCCAAAGAGGAGGCGCAGAAGACGGUGGCUGAAGCAGAAGCUGCUGCCUAUGAUUUUGGUGGCGAGACGGAGGAGGGGUUUCAGGCUGCCAAGUCCUUAGAGGCCCAAGCAUCCUCGGGUUCUGCUGAGUGCAUGCUGCAGCUGGGAGUCAUGUAUGUGACUGCCAAUGGAGUUGAAAAAGAUAUGUCCAAAGGCUUUCACUGGAUACAAAAAGGUGCUGAGAUGGGACAUGUCGAAGCACAAAACUGCUUGGGCACCAUGCUUCGCAACGGCCUUGGCGUUGAGAUUCAGAAGGAGGAAGCAGCUCGAUGGUUCGAGAAGGCUGGUGAAGUCGGCCACGCCGAAGCACAGUUCAAUCUUGGAGAAAUGCUAUGGGACGCGGAACUUCCACAAGACCUUGAGGCUGGAGUUCAACUGUUCCAGAAGGCAGCCCAGGCAGAUUUGCACGCUGCUCAAUUCAAGUUGGGCCUUGCACUGCGUCGUGGCUUGGGAGUCGAGAUGGAUGUACCAAGAGGCAUGGAGUACAUCGAGAAAGCUGCGAACCAAGGGCUCGCUGAAGCUCAAUACUUUAUGGGCACCUGCCUCUUCAGUGGCGACGGCCUCCGCCGGGAUGUGACGAAGUCGGCAGCCUGGUUUCGCAAGGCGGCAGAGCAGGGCGAUGUGAUGGCACAAUAUAGCCUUGGUGUCAUGCACGAGCUUGGCGAGGGCGUUCCACAGAGUGAUUCUCAGGCUCAGCAUUGGUUUCGUGCAGCUGCAGCACAAGGGUCCUUGGAGGCACAAGCCCGCGUACGUGGUCCAGGCUUAUUGCCUCCUCCAUCCGCUUGA